CCGCGGCCGGUUCGCGCUUCCUCCGGGGCUGCGCGCCCCCUCGGCUGCGCUCGGCACCGGGGCGCGAGCAGCAGAUGGGAGCUCGGGGUGCCCAAGAUGCGGGCGCCGGCCAGGGAGCUCUUCCGGGACGCUGCCUUCCCGGCCUCGGACUCCUCUCUCUUCUCCAGCUUCUCCACGCCGCUGGCCGAGUUCCGGGAGGAAAUCACGUGGAGGCGGCCCCAGGAAAUCUGCGCCGCGCCCCAGCUGUUUGCAGAUUGCGCUCCGGAAGGACAGGUGAAGCAAGGGCUGCUGGGGGACUGCUGGUUCCUGUGCGCCUGCGCCGCCCUGCAGAAGAGCCAGCACCUCAUGGACCAGGUCUUUCCUCCGGGACAGCCGAGCUGGCUCGACCAGACGUACCGCGGCUCCUUCACCUGUCGAGUUUGGCAGUUUGGACGCUGGGUCGAGGUGACCAUAGAUGACCGUCUGCCUUGUCUUGCAGGGAGACUCUGCUUCUCCCGGUGCCAGAGGGAGGAUGUGUUCUGGCUUCCCUUACUGGAGAAGGUCUACGCCAAGGUCUACGGGUCCUAUGAGCACCUCUGGGCCGGACAGGUGGCUGACGCCCUGGUGGACCUCACCGGUGGCCUGGCCGAAAGGUGGAACCUGAAGGACAUGGCGGGAACCGGCGGCCAGCGGGACAGGCCCAGGGGCGCGGAACGCAGGACUUGUCGGCAGCUGCUCAGCCUGAAGGACCGCUGUCUGCUGAGCUGCUCGGUGCUUAGCCCCAGAACAGGUACCGGGGCGCUGGGGGAGUUUCAUGCUUUCAUUGUCUCGGAUCUGCAAGAGCUCCGGGGUCGGGCUGGUCAGAGCAUCCUGCUGCUGCGGAUUCAGAACCCCUGGGGCCGGCGGUGUUGGCAGGGGCCCUGGAGAGAGGGGGGUGAAGGGUGGAGCCGGCUGGAGUCGGCGGCCCAGUCUGAGCUGCUGUCGCAGCUCCAGGAGGGGGAGUUCUGGGUGGAGGAGGACGAGUUUCUGCGGGAGUUUGACGAGGUCACCAUUGGCUUCCCCAUCACGGAGGCUGGCCACCUGCGGAGCCUCUACUCAGGAAGGGCGCUGUGCCGCACGCAGGAGCUGCCCGGGGCCUGGGUCAAGGGCCAGUCGGCGGGAGGCUGCCGGAACAACAGCGGCUUCCCCAGCAACCCCAAGUUCUGGCUGCGGGUCUGCGAACCCAGCGAGGUAUACAUGGCCGUCCUGCAGAGACCGCAGCUGCGCACGGCCGGCCACCCAGGCAGGGACUACCAGGCCGUGGGCCUGCACGUUUGGAAGGUGGAGAAGCGGCGGGUCAGCCUGCCCAGGGCCCUGUCCGCGCCCCCCGUGGCGGGCACCGCGUGCCACGCGUACGACCGCGAGGUCCACCUGCGCUGUGAGCUCGCCCCGGGCUACUACCUGGCCGUGCCCAGCACCUUCCUGAAGGACGUGCCAGGGCAGUUCCUGCUCCGGGUCUUCUCCAGCGGGAGAGUCUCCCUCAGCGCCAUCCAGCCGGCAGCCCAGAGCGCUGCCCCCCGGGAGGCCCUGCCCGCGGGCGAGUGGGAGACCGUGAGGCUGCGGGGCUCCUGGAGAGUCGGCCGGACGGCGGGGGGCAGCCGGAACUUUGCCUCCUACCCCAGCAACCCCCGCUUCCCCCUCUCGGUGCCGGAGGGCGCGGGCCCCCGCUGCGUCCGCAUCACCCUGCGCCAGCACUGCCGCGACCACGAGGGCCUCCCCAUCGGCUUCCACGUCUUCCAGGCAGGCGCCCCUGCUCCCGGGCGUCCGGGUGGGGUCCCAGCGGACGGCGGGGGCCAGGAUGCGCCCUCCUUGCUGCUCCAGGAGCCUCUGCUGAGCUGUGUGCCGCACUGCUACGCCCAGGAGGUCAGCCGGCUCUGCCACCUGUCCCGGGGGACCUACUGGAUCGUGCCCUCCACCUACCUGCCGGACACAGAGGGGGCCUUCACAGUGACCGUAGAGACCAGAAUAGACAGGCGCUCCAUUCACAGCCAGGAGAUGCUGGGGCAGCUCCUCAAGGAGGCCUCCUUCGUGGCAGUGAUGAAAGCCUAACCGGGUGACCCUGCGUGUCGGCUCCAGUGACCGGGGGUCUGAGAGGCUCCCAGUGGCCCACACGCCAGUGCCGCGGCGGCCAGGCCUGAGCGGGUCCUGGCAAAGAGUCCCCGUCCUGGCAGGUGCUGCAGGAAGGGCAAGAAAAACUCAGCGUGGGCGCCUUCGUUCCACGCCGCUGAGCCGACAGAGCCUCCCUGAAAUUCUCCGCGCCCCGUCUCCCUGGCCCCGGAGAGAGGCCUUUCGGCGCAUCGGGACAGAUCUUGUUUAAAGCUAUUUAUUAGAAACGUUUUUAGGAUGUAACUUUAUAAAUAAACAUUAGCACUG